CCCAAUGUGAGUCAGAGCUCGGUGAUGCCUCGGUUGCUUAUGUCGGUGCAUGCGGCCUAACUAACAUCUCCUCCUGGUGAUGUGCAGUUCCAAGUUGUGCGUUGUAGUCCCACCAUUACAUCUGUACAACGUCGAGGUUCAAAGGAAUCCCACUUCAUGAUGCAUCUUCUUUACCCUGCCUUAACCAGCGUGAAGUCAGCAUGAACUCUGGACACUCGCCUCUACAUAAGCACAUCCAUCCGUAUCAACCAUUGAAGUUAGUAUAUAAAUGCCUCCUUCGUCCUUGGAGCUGAGACAUCACAUGAUCUACGAGCCUGCUGUCUUUAUUUUCUCAAACCAAUUUGAUGAUUUCUUGUUCUUUAUAUUCAGCUCAUACCUGCCGUACCUUUACAAAUUCCCUUGAAAGUCUCUCGAGAUAAUUUGUACUCCCAACGCCAAACACUUCUAAAACUCAUCUUUCGAGCAUGUGUGAGAAAACAUACUCCAAACAAAUCUAUGAGUGUGGUGACUGGGAGAACGUCGACUUUACCUUUACACCUUGCAAUGAUCAGACAAAGCCAGGUCACACGGUCAAGGAGACCCCCCUGGGAUCGAAGAGAGUCAAGGGGAAAUGUGGCAAGGCUAACUGUAGGAAUCCGUGAACUAGUUCUGUAGGGUUAAGCCAUCACUACUUUGCCCCCCGUUCGACCACCACAGUGCUAAUGGAAUUAAAGCCAGGACCCUAGCAGCGAGAUAUAGGAUUACUUAGGAGCAGACGCUGCUUGUUGGAGAACAGAGGUGCACAAUGGUGUUAGACUUGAAUUAGGACAGAUAUUAGUAACAAUCACUGCAAACAGAGCAACUCAUCUCAUCUCUAUGUCUCUUAACAAGCUCAUGUCAUUCCUUUGUUAGUAACACAGGCAAGCAAGAACGGACGAAAAGGCACAAGGCUGGGAGGAGCAAC